CCUCCUCCUUCCCUCCCCUCCUCACCAGUCUCCCCACCAAAAUCAUCGUACUACCUGACCCAAACAUCCUCAUCCUCCUCCGACUCCGAAGCGCGUGCUGCUCUUUUGGUCUCUUCAGAUUUAAGUCAAAGACAGGCUGAGAUGACGUCGCCCUCGACGAGGCUCUGCGUCUGUUUGCUCCAUCUGGCCGCGAUCUCCGCCCUCGCCUCUGCCGGCAACUUCUACAAGGACUUCGACAUCACCUGGGGCGACCACCGUGCCCAGAUACUCAACGGCUGCCAAGAGCUCACGCUCUCUCUCGACCAGGCCUCUGGGUCCGGUUUCAAGUCCAAGAACGAGUACCUCUUCGGAAGGAUCGACAUGGAGAUCAAGCUCGUAGAAGGCAACUCGGCCGGCACGGUCAACGCAUACUACUUGUCCUCUCAAGGCCCGACGCACGACGAGAUCGACUUCGAGUUCCUCGGCAAUCUCUCCGGGAACCCCUACACGCUCCACACCAACGUGUUCUCGCAGGGUAAAGGGAACAGAGAACAGCAAUUUCACCUCUGGUUCGAUCCCACCAAGGCAUUUCACACCUACUCGAUCGUCUGGAACACUCGACGCAUCAUAUUCUUGGUGGACAACAGUCCCAUAAGAGUGUUCAACAACUUGGAGUCGAUCGGCGUGCCUUUCCCAAGCAACCAACCCAUGAGGAUUUACUCUAGCCUCUGGAACGCUGAUGACUGGGCGACGAUGGGCGGCCGCGUCAAGACUGACUGGACCAAAGCUCCUUUCACCGCGUCUUUCAGGAACUUCAACGCCAACGCUUGCGUGGUCUCGUCCGGGUCUUCCUCCUGUGGCUCGAAGUCCACCAAUAACUUGCAGACAAGCGCGUGGCAGGAGCAAUCCCUCAACGCGGCUGGCAGGAACAGGCUCCGUUGGGUGCAGCAGAAGUACAUGAUCUAUAACUACUGCAGCGACUCUAAACGGUUCCCUCAGGGUCUACCGCCAGAGUGCAAGAGAUCGAGGUUCCUCUGAAGCUGAAGCUGCAUCAACUUCCAGUACCACAGUCGGUUGAUUCUUUUGCGCAAGAUGUGAUAUAAAGUCGUGAGCAAAAUUCAUUCAUUAUUUUUUUGUGUAACUACAAGUAAUAUCAAUAAAAGGCAAUUUCGCCAAUAUUGCUGUAUCCAUAA